AUAUCUGUCUUUACUGCUAUGCUUUUGCUUAUUCUUACGCUCACGCUCCUCGUCGUGUGUACACACGCGUCCAACGGCGCUGUCUGGGCCACACCCCACGACAGCUACUCAUCCUCAAUCGGCGUCCUCGGCUGCAAGAUCAACACGAACCGCGUCGCGUACUGGCCUAGCCCUGUUGACUGCACCAACUUCUGCAUCUCGCUAUCCUACCAAGGUCGCUCAGUCAAACUACUCCGCAUUGACCAGUCCGGCGGCGCACACGAUGUCAGCUACGAUGCCUGGAACUAUCUCUACACGGGCUACGCUGCAACGGAUAAACCAGCAGCGGGCGGCCCCGUCGCAAUGGAAUAUCAGGAUUUGGCGCCCGAGGAAUGUAGGGAUUUGAUACACACCCCCGACGGGAAGAUGCCACUGAGCGCUUCCAACAGCAUGAAUUUCGUGGCGAGCUGUUUGGCACAGCAGGGCAGCUGGGUGGGAGGCCAUCAUGCGCUGUAUAAUAUCAUCGAUUCGGUCUGCACCAUGGGAUUUGAUGAGCAGUGUUCCUUGGAUUUGAGUGUGUCGAAUCAGCCGAAAUGCUCUCAUACACUUGGCCUCCAGGACAAGCUGCUAUCCCAACCCGUUUAUAAUAUCAGGUAUCCAACGGGAGUGGUGAUGGAGGCGGGGACGGGUCAAGUGGUGCCACCGAGCACAGUGUCCGGGUCUGUGGGACCGAACGCAGACAAGGGAGGAGGACUGUCGUCUGGUGCAAAGGCCGGAGUUGCCGUCGGUGUGGUGUUUGGGGUACUCGCAUUAGCUGCCGUGGCCGGGUUCUGGUGGUGGAAAAAGCGUCGAGAUACGCCUGCACAAGAACCGACAGAAACCACACGUGAAAACUCGGGUGUUUCAAUCGCAGAGGAGAUAGUGGUUGUGUCUUUGGUAGACAAGCGGCUUGACCGUAAGCCGAUCCAUAUUUCGAAGGAAACUCUUUGA